GGGCCAGUGUGGGAGCGGCGUUAGGACCGGCGGAGGCGCUGACGCUCUGCUCUCCCUCCCACCCCUCAGAAAGGAGGAGCUGACUCACACACACACACACACACUGACGGCAGAAAGUCCGACAGACCUGGGAAGGGAAAGGAGCAGAGAGAGAGAGAGAGCGGCGCGCAGUGAGUGCACACAGUCGCUCGCUGCUGGAGUGGCCGGUGCCAGAGCCAGUCUUUCGGCCCCCAUCGCUCCGCUGGAUGAUGUCUACGGCCGAAGAGAGCCGAGUGACAGCUGUCACCCCACUCAAACUGACCGGGCUGGUGUGUGUGGUCCUCUCGCUGUGCCUGGACGUGGUGGCCUUACUGAGUCCAGCCUGGGUCACGGCCGACAGUCACUUCUCCCUCUCCCUGUGGCAGAGGUGUUUCCGACCGGCCUCGCCCCCUGACACCGAGUGGGACUGCAAAUGGGCACUGGGCAGCGAUUGGGAGAUUGCAACAGUUGCUUUGCUUCUGGCUGGAGCAGCCAUUAUUCUCAUUGCCUUUCUGGUGGCUCUGAUCUCAGUCUGCCAGGGAACCCGUCGGAGAUUCUACAGACCUGUGGCUGUCCUGUUGUUUGCUGCAGUUGUUCUCCAGGUCUGUGGACUCAUUUUGUAUCCGAUCAAAUUUGUGGAAACAGCCACCAUGCGAACAUAUCAUGAAUUCAACUGGGGAUACGGCAUUGCCUGGGGAGCUACGAUCUUCUCAUUUGGGGGAGCAGUGCUUUACUGCUUAAACCCAAAGAACUAUGAUGACUACUACUAGAGUAGAACUGUUUCUACCAACAUACUUAAAGUAGAGCUCACCAAUUAUGCUUACUUGCUGUUCUUUCAGUUGAAGUGUGGUAUUUAACCUGCUAUCAAUGCAUUAUCCACUUUGACUGCAGUGAAGAUAAUUGCUUUAACUCCUGCAUCAGAUUUUUUUUAAAAAAUCUGGAAAAAGUUAUAGCUGAAAUCUUUGUACAUUGGCAGUUUUACAUAUGGAGAGCUGGAAUGCAGACUUCUGGUGACGUCUCAUUAUCUAAGAGGAAUCACUGAAGACUUUGGCUUAUAUUGAAGAAUAUUAAACAAAAACCACAACUGCAAGAUGUUCAUAUCAAUCUGUCUGCAGAAAAAGAACUUACCCUAAGUAUGAUAUUGAAGUAUUACUUACCCUAAGUAUUGAAGCUGGGAACUUACGUUUCAUUGUUGGAUUUGGUUCAGAUAAAGUAUCAUCUGCUGAUUGCUCUGUGGUAACUUAAGACAAAAUGCAUGCUUGUAUCCAUUUACCAUUAUUCAUCAACAUUUUCUGUCAACUUCUGUGUCCUAAUGCAAAGUAGACAUAUUAUUCCUGUUUAUAAUUAUUACAGUGUGCUUGGAAUAACAGUCCAAUUGCUGAAGUUCCAUUUGUAUUGUCAAAUUAAAAUUACAACAUUUUCUCUAUCAUUUUCUUAUGCCUACGAAUGAAUUUUGCAAAAUAUCUUUAAAGAUUUAAAAAAAAACAGCAACAGCAACUCUUAGAAGCCUCUUGAUUCAAAAACCCAGAUGAUUGUUUUGGUGAGGUGAAAUGUCAGAAAAAAAACUUGUAUACUAUUCUAAGCAUUCUAAUUUAUUUGAGCAACUACUGUAUUUUUAUAUGGACCUCUGCACACAAGUUCCUAAAUCUUGUAACUGUGCCUAAAAAUACUUAUUUUGACUUAAGUCCAAGAUAAAUAUCAUAUUUCCAGCUAUUUGUUACCUCUUUCUUUCUCUGUAUUUUUUCCAUCUCAGAAUAAUAUAGAUCCAUAAAUAUGUUUACUUAUUAUAAAAAGACUAUUUUGGGAAAGUAAAGAUUUUUUUUGUUUCAGCUGUAAAAUAUGGCAUCAAUACUAUGAAU